CCAGCGUGCGCUGACGUCGAAGUGCGCGCGGGCGACGGCACCUCUGCCCUGCCGGGUGCGGUGGGCGCUUCCCGUCGGAGCCGCCAUGAGCAAGCGGAACCUGGUGUCGUACGUGCGGCCCGCCGAGCCCGCCUUCCUGUCCCGCUUCAAGGAACGAGUCGGCUACCAGGAGGGGCCCACCGUCGAGACCAAGAAAAUCCAGCCUCAGCUCCCAGAGGAUGAUGAGGACCGCAGUGACAAAGAAGAUGAGCAGCCUCAAGUAGUGGUUUUAAAAAAGGGAGACCUAACAGCUGAAGAAGUCAUGAAAAUUAAAGCAGAAAUAAAGGCUGCCAAAGCAGAUGAAGAUCCACCUCCAGCUGAUGGGAGAAUCAUGUAUCGAAAACCGGUUAAGCGUUCCUCGGAUGAAAAGUGUUCAGGUUUGACAGUAAGCUCCAAGAAGAAGAAAACAAGUGAAGAUGGCGAAGAUAGGCAGAGUCCAGUUAGAAAGAACUCACAGAAGCAAAUAAGAAAUAGUAGUCUCCUUUCUUUUGACAAUGAAGAUGAAAAUGAGUAAGUAUAAACAUGUGGACUUGGUUUCCUUUGAAAGCAAUGAGGUUUUGGUGGGGUUUUUUUGUUUUUUGUUUUUUUUUGCUAUUGCUAGAACUUCACUAUAUUGAAGAGGUAUGGAGAGAGUGGACAUGAGGUAUUUUUUAAAACAUUAAUUUUCCUAUACCUUAAAGUGACAUCUUCCCCAAGUACUUCAGGUUCAUUGCAGAAAGCUUCAAAAACGCAGAAGACAAACUUGAAAUAAAACCCAUCCAGUAAUGCCCCUUUACUGGAAAUGUUAGACAUUCACCACUGUUAACACUUUGUUACCUCCCACCUGUGGGUAUGUAUAUAUGUAAAUUAUAUUUUUAAAUAAAACUGAGAUUGUCGUAUA